GGCCCCUACGACGAAAUCAUCUUCGUCCCCGGCAACUUCACCACGCCCCUUCCCCCCACGCCCUCCUCCAUCCCGCCAAAAGCCCUCCGCAUAUCCCGUAUCUACGUCUCCCAACGCACAACCACCUACAAUGGCCGCCUAAACUGGAACAUCCCGAAACACCUCGCCCGCUUCUCCUUCUCCUCCCCGCCCACCCCCGCAGGCGCCUCCCCUCCCGCCUCCCUAACCGUAAAAGUCUUUCCCCCAUCCUCGCGCGACGGCGACUCCACGCCUCCCUUCUUCGCCUGCACCCUCACACCCUGGAAAUGGAUCCCAGCUCUACCGGUGAAUACAAAGUACAUCCCUCUCAGCUUGGCUGUUGUCCAGCCCCCGAUUUCCGAACCGCCGGGGCAUAAGGAGGCGUUGGAGAAGGUGCUACAAGGGGAAGUGGUGGAUCCGUACGAUAUUGAUCCGCACAAGGGACUUGCGGUUUUGCCGGGAACGGAUAGGUGGAGGGGGUUUGAGAUUAGUGCGAGGAGUCCGAGGGCGAGGGGGUGUUGGGUCGAGGUUCAUGAGCCGGAGGGAGAGGGACAAGGGGAAGCAAAAGUGUAUUUCCCGAAGAACUUGGGAGCUUGGAGCUUUGGAGGGUGGAUGGAGGAUGUCGAGUGGAGUAUUGGUGGGGUUACGGAGUGG